UUCAUUUUUGCAGUAUUGAAUUAAGAAGAAGCUAAGAUUAAUGACUGCUCCAGGAGUACAUCUACAUCUUCCCGAUGAUCACCAUGUGAUGAUGGACAAUGGCAUUCUCCAAGUGACUUUAUCAGUACCAGAUGGCAUUGUAACUGGAAUUACAUACAAUGGCGUCGAUAAUUUGCUUGAGGUUCUAAAUGAUGAAACAAACAGAGGAUAUUGGGACGUUGUUUGGAGUUCGACAGGAACUACAGGGACUACUGGAACAUUUGAAAGGCUCAUAUGCACAACACAUAAGGUCAUAUUGGAAACAGAUGAUCAAAUAGAGUUGUCCUUCUCAAGGACAUGGGAUGUGUCGUUCCAGGACGAGCUUAUUCCCCUGAACAUAGACAAAAGGUUUAUAAUGCUUAAAGGUUCCUCGGGGUUCUAUUCUUAUGCAAUUUACGAACAUUUAGAGGGAUGGCCUGGUUUCAACCUUGAUGAAACUAGGAUUGCAUUCAAGCUCAGAAAAGACAAGUUUCAUUACAUGGCUAUGGCAGAUAACAGGCAGAGAUACAUGCCCUUACCUGAUGACAGGUUACCGGAUAGAGGGCAACCACUUGCUUAUCCAGAAGCAGUCCUGCUUGUCAAUCCCAUCGAGCCUGAGUUCAAAGGCGAGGUUGAUGACAAGUAUCAGUACUCAUGUGAGGACAACGAUCUCAAGGUCCAUGGAUGGAUUUGUAUGGAUCCAUCACUAGGAUUCUGGAUAAUUAUUCCCAGUGACGAAUUUCGAUCUGGAGGACCCCUUAAACAAAACCUCACAUCUCAUGUUGGUCCAACUGCUCUUUCUGUGUUUCUCAGUGCUCAUUAUGCAGGAGAAGAUUUGGUUCCAAAGUUUGGACAAGGGGAGCCAUGGAAAAAAGUCUUUGGACCAGUUUUUAUAUAUCUGAAUUCUGUCACUUCAGGGGAGGAUCCUAUAACUCUCUGGGAGGAUGCUAAAAAACAGAUGCUGAUGGAAGUUCAAAGCUGGCCUUACAGUUUUCCAGCCUCUGAGGAUUUUCCAUCAUCUUCUCAACGCGGUAAUAUUAGUGGAAGAUUGUUAGUCCUAGACAGAUACUUCAAAGACGAUAAGAUAUCUGCUUCUGGUGCAUAUGUUGGUUUAGCUCCACCAGGAGAAGCUGGUUCCUGGCAAAGAGAAUGCAAGGACUACCAAUUCUGGACAAGAGCAGAUGAGGAAGGCAAUUACGUCAUAAGUAAUAUACGAGCAGGCGACUAUAACUUGUAUGCAUAUGUCCCUGGAUUCAUUGGAGACUACAAGUACGAUAUCAAAAUCACAAUUACCUCAGGCUGCAGCAUUGAGAUGGAUGAUCUUGUCUUUGAACCCCCAAGAAAUGGACCUACACUCUGGGAAAUUGGCAUUCCUGAUCGUUCUGCUCGCGAGUUUUACAUUCCUGAUCCUGAUCCAAAAUAUGUUAACAAACUCUUUAUUAAUCAUCCUGAUAGGUUUAGACAGUAUGGGCUAUGGGAGAGAUACGCCGACUUGUAUCCAAAUGGAGAUAUAGUCUUUACAAUUGGAGAGAGUGACUACAAAAAAGAUUGGUUCUUUGUUCAAGUCACUAGGAAAACUGAUGAGAAGACAUAUCAAGGAACAACAUGGCAAAUAAAGUUCAAACUCGACAAUGUUGAUCAAAAUGAAAUCUAUACACUAAGAUUGGCACUUGCAUCAGCAGCUCAAGCUGAACUACAGGUUCGCGUCAAUGAUAGUUCAAGCAUGAAUACUCCUCUAUUUUCAAGUGGAGUGAUAGGGAAGGAUAACGCGAUAGCAAGACAUGGAAUUCAUGGACUCAACUGGCUGUUCAAUGUGAAUUUGCAGGGUACUAUACUAAUUGAAGGGGAAAAUACUAUAUAUUUGACACAAGCAAAUGCAACUAGUCCUUUUCAAGGGAUCAUGUAUGAUUAUAUUCGUUUAGAAGGACCUCCUUCCCAUGACUAAGGCAAAUUGUUUGAGAAUUCAUUGUAUAGAUAUUAUAUUAUUUUUAACUUUUGUAAGAGUUUAAGUUAUAUAGACCAACAAAAGAACAGAUUCGCGUAGAUUCUCUAUGCAUGCAUUAUCGACCCAAAUGUUGGCAUAUAGUAUGUACUAAUUAAUUUCUUUGAAUGUUAUCAACCAAUGUUUAUCA